GGUCAAAUAUCUUCUCCUUCCUGUCUCGCUUUAGGACAUGCCUCCUGCAGGCCGAUUCGGAGCGCCACCUACAGGCCUGGAUGUGUGCCGUCCAGAGUAGCAUCGCCUCGGCGUACAAUGAGGAUCACCCAGAAUCCCCUGGGCAGCAUCUGGAGCGGAGCGCCUCCCUCACGGCGGCCACCUUGCAGUCCCCCUCCAGCCGCAAACUCCGGGGCGGGGUGGACAAGCACGUGGUGGACCAGGUGCAGCGGCUGGAGGGCAACGCCCAGUGUUGCGACUGCCGGGAGGCGGCCCCGGAGUGGGCCAGCAUCAACCUGGGCAUCACCCUCUGCAUCGAGUGCUCCGGCAUACACAGGAGUCUGGGGGUGCAUUUCUCCAAGGUGAGGUCCCUGACGCUGGACGCCUGGGAGCCGGAGCUGGUGAAGCUGAUGACUUUUUUGGGGAACCAGGUGAUCAACCAGAUCUAUGAGGCCAGGGUGGAGGAAAUGAACAUGAAACGCCCCCAACCGGGAAGUUCCAG